AUGCACUCUCUUGAGCUUCCAUCAUGUGGAAUACGUAUUCCACCAAUCAUAGGUAACUAUCAUGUAACUAAAAUCAUUGGACGUGGUGGCUUUGCUGUAGUUGUUUUGGCUUACGAUCCCAAAACUCUUCAGAAAGUAGCAAUCAAAAUUAUUGACAGAGAACAAACUACCAAGCAAGAUAUUGUUUCAUUUUUGGAAAGCGAGCUUCGCUUGUGCAUCCGCUUUAAUCAUCCAAACAUUAUUAAGGUUCAUGAUAUUAUAUACAAAAAGGAUAUUAUAAUGAUCAUUAUGGACUACCUUAAAAAUGGGGAUCUCCAAUCAUUACUGAACCGUGGAAUUCAUUUUACUGUAGAAGAGCAAGUUAGAAUUACUCAACAAAUCCUCGAAGGACUUCAAUAUCUUCAUCAAAGAGGCAUAGCACAUCAUGAUAUUAAACCAGAAAACAUUUUGUUCGAUGCUGAAAUGAAUCCAAAAUUAAUUGACUUCGGCCUUUCAAUGGAAAAUAGCAAAGAAUCUCAUGCUUACUGCGGAACGCCAUUAUACAUGAGUCCAGAAAUAGGCAAUACAUCAACAUAUGAUGGAAUGAAGUCUGACAUUUGGGCACUUGGUGUUACAUUACAUUUGAUGUCAACCGGACAUUAUCCAUGGGAUGAGAGAACUUCACAGCAGCAUCUAAAAGACAUAGAGCACAACAGACUUCAGCUUUUUGUUGAAACACGCGGUAUUAUUGGCUCGGUUAUCAAAAAUUGUCUCGUAUUUGAAGCCAAGGAUCGUGCAUCUGUUUCAGAUCUUCUUAAAAUCAUUGACGCCUAUAACAACAAGAAGACUGUAAUUAACAAAGCAAAUUCACAAAGUAAGCCACUAACUGGGCUUAUAAACUCUUCCUUACCACGUUUGGUCCCAAGAAAUAAUACUCCGCUUUUCACAAAAUCAAGAGUUCCACAAAAUAAGUUUAUUCUUCCAAGGGUAUCUCCGAAUGCUAGAAUACAUAAGUUAUAA